GAAAGCGAAAGCGAAAAAAAACCCGAAAAAGAAAAGAAAAAGAAAAAAUUGUGUCAACAAGAAUGCGGAUUCUAACGAGCGUGUCCUUUGUACUUUUCAGCACCCUCCUUCUCGCCCUUCUUUCCUCUCCAUCAUCCUGCACUCCACCAAAAGAGCGUUCUUUCAUUGCUGUCAAGCCCGACGGAGUCCAGCGCGGUCUGGUCGGAGAGAUCCUGCGUCGCUUCGAGACCCGCGGUUUCAAGAUCCUUGCCCUCCAGCUUGUCCACCCUAGCAAGGAGCUCCUGAGCGAGCACUACUCGGACCUCGCCGGCAAGGCCUUCUUCCCCAGCCUGCUCGCCUACAUGCAGUCCGGCCCCGUUGCCGCUUUUGUCAUCCAGGGCAAGGGUGCUGUCAAGAUUGGCCGCGACUCCGCCCCCGGCACCAUCCGUGCUGACUUUGCCCUGGAUAUUGGAAAGAACGUCUGCCACGGCUCCGACUCGGUUGAGGCUGCUGAGCGCGAGAUCGGUCUGUGGUUCCCCCAGGGUCUCAAGUCCUACACCCGCGCUGUUGACACCGUCCUCUACGAGUAAAUUGUUUCGGGCGUCUCUGUUGUUUGAUGCUAGGCCUGUUUCCUAUAUUUUGUAAUAAACGACGAGUCUUUACAUUUGUCUCAAUCUGUUGUGUUAAAGCGGAAUUUGUAUCGUCUGAUUUCAAAGUAUUUCUCGGUUCUAAUUCAGGAGAGU